GGGCUCGAUUCUCGGAUGGAACUAUAUAAACCUUCCGGAGAACUUUCGGUCAGCACAGUUGAGCCAGAUCCUUCAGUCAGAACAUUUAAUUUAGAUCAUUAGAUUCUGAUCUCACUAGAGUUUCCUGCAGUUAAACGAUGGCUAUCAAAUUCCUAGCAGUUUUCGCCCUCCUGGCUGUGGCCAGCGCUCAGCACUAUGAUCCACACUACUAUCACCAGCAGCCACAGCAUUAUCAACAACCAGCCUACGUCAAGACCGUCCAACCAGCCAUCGUUAAGACCAUCCAGCCAGCUCUAGUGAAGACCGUGAAACACGUGGAAUAUCCGGAAGCUCCAGCUGAAUAUCAGUUCCAGUAUUCAGUCCAUGACGAGCACACCGGAGAUAUCAAGAGCCAACAGGAAGAACGUCACGGAGACGACGUCAAGGGGCAGUACACCCUGAUCGAUGCCGAUGGUCACCGUCGUAUUGUGGACUACACCGCCGAUGAGCACAACGGAUUCAAUGCCGUCGUCCGUCGGGAACCAAUCGAAGGACACAAGAUCGUCAAAACCAUUGCUCCAGUAGCCAAGGUCGUUGCCGCCCCUAUUCCAGUUGCCAAGGUCUACAGCCCGGUCCAGAAGAUCGUCGCUCCUCAGGUUCACUACAGCCAUCACGAACCUCAGUACCAGCAUCACUACUAAAGUUCAAAAAGGCACAAAACCGUUAGGCAAUGUACCAAGUGAUCAUCGGAUGUGUCGUCUCCUUCCCGACCAAUGAGAUAGCCAAUUCUCAUCGGUUAGCUGAAUCUCACUCUCACAAACUAGGUUUAAUUAAAUCUAUUGUAAAUAAAUAAAUUAUUCAAAUAUAACUGUUGAAACGAAA